AUGAAUUGUCGAACAUGCCCCCUUCGACACCGGGCCGGGAAGGUACCCGAACAAGCUUCAGCAUGGAGCUGGAGAUCCGAUAUUGUCGAGAUAUUUCUCACGACUCUGUGUAGCGCCGUGAUCUGGCGGUACACUUCCCACAAUGACCAUGAGUCUGGCCACAAAGGGAACCGCAUAGACAGCCCAGGGGGAAGAAAUGGGCAAGGCGUCAUCGUAUCUCCGUCAGACGGGUUGAUGCUUUGGUCAUGUCUGGUGUACGGCUGCUGUGUCUCGUCAUUCAUUCAUCGCCGGCAGGAGCAGGAUCCCUUCCAGUUGUUCGUCUAUCUGAUUUUCGUCACCGGCGCUGGAGUCAUCGGAUAUGCCGCCAGAGCGAGUGCAAAUCUGAUGCUGCUGGGAUAUCUUCCGCAGUCGAUGUGCAUCGCAAUGGCGGUCAGCCUUUUGGGCCACGGUCUUUACAGAAGAUGGAAGUGUGUUGCAUCAAGUCCAGGAGACGAGGAGAAACUCCAACCCAUACGUUGA